AUGCUUUCGAGUGCUCUAUCAAACGCUCUUAUAUAUCUUACCAUGAUUGCCUUCAUGUUCGUGGGCAUUUACGCGGGCGUAAGUCAAACUAAAAGCAAAGAGGAUUUUUUAUCUUCCAUCGGUUCCCAAACAUCUUUUGUUCUAGCUAUUAAUUUGUUUGUUACAAAUCUUGGGUCUUCUGUACUUUAUGCGUAUCCGGAAGUUGGAACGCUAGCAGGUAUUGUCGGACUCUUUUGGUAUGCCUUUGGAAGCACUUUUCCCCUUAGUGUAUUUGCUUGGAUUGGUCCUAAAAUGAGACGCAAAUGUCCCGAGGGGUUCGCGUUGACUACGUUUGUAUUGGAAAGAUUUGGACGAAUUAAUCAAAUUUAUAUUUCCUUGAUGUCAAUGGCAUAUAUGCUUUGCUAUAUGAUAAGUGAAUUGUCCGCUGUGGGGUCUAUUUUGAAUUAUUUGACAGGAUUAGACCCUUUGGUACCUACAAUCAUGAUCGCUUUAACAACCACUUUAUAUACUGCAUACGGAGGUUUUCGUGCAUCUUUGCUCACUGAUACUGUACAAGGAUGGGCUAUUAUUAUUCUUAUAAUAAUUUCAACCAUCGCUUUCGGAGUCAAUGUGAAAAUUGAUACUUCGAAAAUUGGGGAAAGUGGAUUAUUAAAUCUCGGCGAUAAAUUAGGUUGGGAAUUAUUAUGGAUAAUGACUGUUGCCGUAACCUUUGCCAAUUUAUUUCAUGAGGGAUAUUGGCAAAGAACAUUUUCUUCAAAAAAUGAUCGAGAGCUCGUACGUUCCGCAAUUUUUGGAAGUGCUCUGUUAUUUCCAACAUUAUUUCUAAUAGGUUUUACUGGAAUUCUCGCGGCUUGGGCUGGUACUUGGCCCGGUAAUGAAGAUGAACCGAUCGAAGGCUAUUUGUCAUUUUUUACACUUUACACUUUAUUGCCUGACUGGGUGGUGGCAAUUGUCGUGAUUUUGACUGUUAGUUUAAGUUGUUCAGCUUAUGAUACUUUGCAAACUGCUAUGGUCGCAACUAUGUCAAACGAUCUGUUUAAUAAUAACCUUCCAUUGAUUGUGAUUCGAAUAUUUACAAUUGUUAUUAAUGUUCCCGCAGUAUAUUUUGGUCUAAAAAAUCUCGACGUCCUCACAGUUUUUUUAAUUGGUGACCUCCUUGCAGCAUCUGCAAUGCCACCAGUAUUACUUGGUCUCGUAGAUAAUCUAUAUUUCCUAAAUUGGUUUGAUGCAUUAAUUGGUGGAAUGGGUGGAAUAUUUAGUGUUUUCGUAUUUGGAAGUAUUUAUUUCGGCAAUGUUAAGGAUGGGAUUAAUCUAAUAAUACUUCCUAAUGGCUUAUAUAGUAAUGAUUAUUCAGUAUUGGGAGCAUUUAUAGCUGCCCCAUUUGGUUCUUUGUUCUUUACUUUCUUUGCAUUCUUAUUGAGAUUGGGUUUAAUUGCUUUGUUGGCUGAAUUGAAAGGAGAGGAAUUCGAAUUUCCUAAAAAACCAGUUAUUGAUACUAGUAGAUAUACGCCAGAAAGGCUUUCGGAAAGACAAAAAAUAAUCGAAAGAAAUAAUGAUAAUAAGGAUAAAGAGCAAACUGAACUUGAAGUAGGGGAGCCUUCAAAAUCCUCUGGGAGUUAUUCUUGA